AUGCCCGCUCUCUUCGUGCUCGCGCAAGUGGUCUUGGCAGCGGCACGCCGGGGAGCUGCCGCCGCUGGUCCAGGCAAGGUCCCGGCGCCGGCGGUGAUCGUGUUCGGCGACUCCACCGCGGACACGGGCAACAACAACUUCAUCCAGACCAUGGCCAGGGGCAACCACCCGCCGUACGGGCGCGACUACGCUGGCGGCGUCGCCACCGGUAGGUUCUCCAACGGCCGCCUCCCCGCCGACUUCGUCUCCGAGGCCCUGGGCCUGCCGCCCUCCGUGCCGGCGUACCUAGAUCCUGGCCACACCAUCCACCAUCUCGCCACAGGCGUUAGCUUCGCCUCCGCAGGCGCCGGGCUGGACAACAUGACCGCGCAAAUCCCGUCAGCGAUGACACUGAGCAAGCAGAUCGACCACUUCAGGCGGUACAGGGCGAGGCUCCGGCGCGCGAAAGGCCAAGCAGCUGCGCACCACAUCAUAAGCCACGCUCUCUACAUCUUCAGCAUCGGCGCCAGCGACUUCCUGCAGAACUACCUCGUCUUCCCCGCCAGGGGCUACAGGUAUACCCUGCCGGAGUACGAGGCAUACCUUGUCGGUGCGGCGGAGGCGGCGCUGCGGGCCGUGCAUGGGCUCGGCGCGCGCACGUUCAGGGUCGUCGGCCUGCCGCCGCUCGGGUGCCUGCCGCUAGAGAGGGCCAUGAACCUUCCCAGGCCGACCGGGGAGUGCAAUGAGGUAUACAACGUGGUGGCCAGGAGCUUCAACAGCCGGCUUAGGGGGCUCGUUGCCAAGCUUAACUGGGAGCUGCCUGGCACGCGACUGGCGUAUGUCGGCCAGUACGGUCUCAUGUUGGCGAUGAUUGCGAGGCCAUGGGAGUAUGGUUUUGAGAAUUUGGUGCACGGAUGUUGUGGCACUGGCUAUGUCGAGACAGGGGUGCUCUGCAGCUUGGACAGCGCCUUGACGUGCGACAAUGCCGAUAAAUACGUCUUCUUCGAUGCCGUCCAUCCAUCUGAGAGGGCGUACAAGAUCAUAGCCAGUGCAAUCCUAAAUGCCACCUCCACGCGUCGAUUCCCUUGA